CUCAGGAGCCGGAGCGAUGUCUGAGUUCGAGUGGGCUCAGUCUGUGUUGGAUGCUGAUGAGCGUCCCAGCUUGGGCAACAUUGCAAAAGCACUCCAGAUUCUCGCCGAUUCCAGUGCCAACCCUGUCUUGAGACCGCGCAUGCAAGAUGUUUCAUUUCAGCAGUUGCUUUCGUUGUUUUCUGGUCUUGCUGUGAGCAGCGAGCAAGAUUCUUCCGACCCAACGCUAUGGAGAAACCUGCUUCGUUGCAUCGGCAACAUGAUCGCCGACAAUGGUAAGAGGAGGAUACAUGAGUAUAGAGGAAAAGAUGCUGAUUGGUCUGUUCUUACUUUAAAGNACACUCGUAGAUCUGAGAUAAUUGCGGAUCCAUCAUAUUUAAAGACGCUGAACUCAUUCUUGACAUCCACUUCGACAUCUGCUGAAGCCACAAUGUUGGCAGACACCACGAUCAAAGUCCUGUUCAAUCUGUGCACUGAUUACAAGUGUUUCCUGCAAGAUAUCCAUCAAUCUUUGGUCUACUGUCUCGACACGCGACUUUCUACUGAGGACGUUGUCUGGAGUCUGGCUUUGGAUCUAACGUGUAUGAUCGUGGAACACAAGCAAAAACUAAAACCAUCAGCCGACUACUCAGACUUUGAAGUAAACGCACCGCGGUUGCUGAGACUGCCUCUUGCGGAGGUCGAUGCAACAGCUUUCCUCGAUGCCUUGACGCUAGUCGCCGCUCAUCUUCUGGACAAGAACUUUGUUUCUGCUCUCGUGGAGCACAAGCAAAUCGAACAUGUCUGGAAACUGCUCAAACGUACCGAACACAGAAUGCUCAGCGACCGCGAAGCAGAAGACGAAGAAGACUAUGACGAAAAGCAAUAUCUGCAGUUCCAGCUCGUACUAUCACAGGGGCUGGCAGACAUGACCGCCUUACCUCUUUACAAUGAAAAGUACAACACGAACGACACUUUCUUACAAUCGCUGUACUCGCAAACCAUCCCCACAUCGACAGAUCCUACCUCACGAUCACCUGUCGCACCAGCAGCCUGCCUGAUUCUGGGAAACCUCAUCAUCUCCGACGACGCGGCCAUCUCACUAGCCCCUCAUGUACCCAUCAAGGACAUUUUCGGCGAGCUUGGACGGUCCAACGACUCUGCUUUCCUCAAUGCGGCUUCAGGGCUACUGCGCCAUCUUGCAACACCAAUGCAAAACCGCGAACGCUACUUUGCAGACACCGAAUACUUACAAGCAACCAGACAUCUCUACACCGAUAUCUCACUGGAGCAAGUCCAGAUGGGUGGUCUUGCGCUCACACGUCAAAUGCUCGCAAACAUGAAAUCGAGAUUAGUAGCGGUACUAUCCGACACAGACAGUGACUUCCUCGCUACAAUACUGAACACCUACCAAAAGACAACUUCCACAUCUGUCAAAUUAGAGUUAUCUAGACUUGCCGUCAGUCUCUUCCGCACUUUGCAAGCAUCUUCGGCCACAGUGUCAGAAAUAGAGAGUGGUGAGGAAGAAGCCACAAAGGCGUUGUUCGACACACCAGUCAAUACAUCCUCCAUCCUCGAUCCACUCAUCUUCAGCAUCAAGCAUGCAGCUGAACCUGGUAUCAUCGCUAUCCAAGCGGAAGCGUGGCUCGGUCUGAACCUUGCUGCUCGUCUUCCUCAUGGUGCAAGCAAGGUCGGCAAUGCUUUCUCUGAGGAUGAGGACUUGUUUAUACUGUUCAACUCACGAUUGGGUGGACAGGUCUUGCAGGUCACGGAUGGUGAAGAGACUAAGGACUCACGUCCGGAGUGGCUGAAGGGAAAAGAGAGGGAUAAUGCUGUUCUGCUCGCUGCCGAGUUGAUAAAGGCUGAAGAUGUGGAUGAAAGCAUCAAGGAGAAGUUUAGGGCUGCAUUGCGUGAGAGGGAGAUUCGCUUGGGA